UCGAUGACGAGUUCGCUCACUGGACAAUCAUAUUGAUUCCAUUUAUUUCGGUGUCGUCGCCGCCGAAGUCCGCAGGCGGAUGCGACGAACCUAGAUAGAUAGGAAUAUUUUUUUCGUGUAUUGUGUUAAACUAUCAAAAUGGGGUCGUUGUUUCGGAGUGAGGAAAUGACUUUGUGUCAACUUUUCCUACAGAGUGAAGCAGCCUAUGCUUGCGUGUCUGAACUUGGUGAAUUGGGGCUCGUACAAUUCCGCGACUUAAAUCCUGACGUAAACGCUUUCCAACGCAAAUUCGUCAACGAAGUGCGUCGCUGCGAUGAAAUGGAACGCAAGUUACGUUAUCUCGAGAAAGAGAUCAGACGGGAUGGAAUUCCCAUGCUCGAGAUACCGGGAGAGGUCCCGGAGGCGCCUCAGCCCAGGGAGAUGAUUGAUCUUGAGGCAACAUUUGAGAAGCUUGAAAAUGAACUGCGUGAAGUCAAUCAGAACGCGGAAGCUCUGAAGAGAAAUUAUCUCGAACUGACUGAGCUCAAACACAUUCUUAGGAAGACGCAAGUAUUUUUUGACGAGCACGAGGGCGGUGCCAAUACCACUGAAUCAAUGACGCGCGCCCUGAUAUCCGACGAUCCGAACAAACAUAUGGGACAGGUUCAGCUAGGUUUCCGGGAUAAACAAGAGUCCUUGGAAUUCCUGCCUUGUUUCGUCGCUGGCGUUAUACUUCGUGAGCGUAUACCGGCAUUUGAGAGGAUGCUAUGGAGGGCUUGUAGGGGAAACGUAUUUCUCAGGCAGGCUGAGAUCGACACACCAUUGGAGGACCCGUCAUCUUCGGACCAGGUUUACAAGUCCGUGUUCAUAAUAUUCUUCCAAGGAGAUCAACUGAAGACACGCGUUAAGAAGAUAUGCGAAGGGUUCCGCGCCACGUUGUACCCUUGCCCCGAAGCGCCGGCCGACAGGCGCGAAAUGGCUAUGGGUGUGAUGACCAGGAUCGAGGACUUGAAUACGGUUCUCGGCCAAACCCAAGACCACCGCCACCGCGUGCUCGUAGCAGCCGCCAAGAACAUCAAGAACUGGUUCGUGAAGGUCCGCAAGAUCAAGGCCAUCUACCACACCCUCAAUCUUUUCAACUUGGACGUCACGCAGAAAUGCUUGAUCGCCGAAUGCUGGGUGCCUGCUUUGGAUAUGGAGACCAUUCAGCUAGCUUUGAGGAGAGGAACUGAACGAAGCGGGAGUUCCGUCCCACCGAUUUUGAACCGCAUGGAGACGCUGGAGGACCCGCCGACGUACAACCGCACCAACAAGUUUACCUCCGCCUUCCAGAACCUCAUCUACGCGUACGGCGUGGCCACCUACCGCGAGGUCAACCCCGCCCCGUACACGAUCAUCACGUUCCCGUUCCUGUUCGCGGUGAUGUUCGGCGACCUGGGCCACGGCGCGCUCAUGGCCGCCUUCGGCUUCUGGAUGUGCUACAAGGAGAAGCCGCUGCAGGCCAAGAAAAUUGACAGCGAGAUCUGGAACAUAUUCUUCGGUGGACGGUACAUCGUGCUCCUCAUGGGUCUGUUUUCGAUGUACACGGGGCUGAUAUACAACGACAUAUUCUCCAAGAGUCUCAACAUAUUCGGAUCAUCUUGGCGGAACAACUACAAUGAGUCCACGUUGAGGGAGAAUAAGGCGUUACAACUGAACCCCGAUUCGGAGGACUAUAAGCAGUAUCCCUACGCCUUCGGUAUAGAUCCUGUUUGGCAGUUGGCUGAAGCUAAUAAAAUUAUCUUCAUGAACGCUUACAAGAUGAAGAUCUCAAUCAUCAUCGGAGUCUUCCACAUGCUGUUUGGUGUCUGCAUGUCACUCUGGAAUCAUAUCUACUUCAAGCGUCGCAUCAGUAUCUACGUAGAGUUCAUACCACAGAUUAUGUUCCUGACUCUGCUGUUCUUCUACAUGGUACUGUUGAUGUUCAUCAAGUGGACCACAUAUGGACCUUCACCCCCCUUCUAUGGUAGCCAAGAUCCAGAGAUCGUGAAGACGAGCGGCUUCUGCGCGCCGUCCAUCCUGAUCACGUUCAUCAACAUGAUGCUGUUCAAGACUGACGCCAAUACCCGCCCGCAGUGCGACCCCACCAUGUUCGCCGGGCAGAUUGGCCUGCAGAAGUUCUUCGUGAUCUUGGCGCUGAUGUGCGUCCCCGUCAUGUUGUUCGGCAAACCUUACUACCUAAUGAAGGAGCAGAAGAAGCGCGCUGCCCAGGGCCACCAGAGCAUCGAGGCGACGGCGGAGAACGGCGCGGCGGGCGGCGCGGCGGCGCCGGCGGCGGGGGCGGCGGGGGCGGCGGGGGCGGCCGGCGGCCACGACGACGACAUCACCGAGGUGUUCAUCCACCAGGCCAUCCACACCAUCGAGUACGUGCUGGGCAGCGUGUCGCACACGGCGUCCUACCUGCGCCUGUGGGCGCUGUCGCUGGCGCACGCGCAGCUGGCCGAGGUCGCCUGGAACAUGCUGCUGCGGAAGGGUCUGAAGUCGGCCGGCUACCAGGGCGGCAUAUAUCUGUACGUGGUGUUCGCCGGCUGGGCCGCCAUCUCCGUGUCCAUCCUCGUGCUGAUGGAGGGGCUGUCCGCCUUCCUGCAUACGCUGCGUCUGCACUGGGUCGAAUUCCAGAGCAAGUUCUACUCCGGUGAAGGUUACUUGUUCCAGCCGUUCUCCUUCGAGGUCAUCCUCGAUUCGGCUGGUCAGCCCGAAGAGUAAACAAACUAAAAAAAAAUACACAUGUAGCCUGUUCUAUUUAAGCUUUAUUCGAGUAGAUAAUGCGCCUUAAAUAUAUUGAAAUAAAAUCCGUUUCGUAUUAAUUAAAUGUGAACAAUGUGUAUGUACUGCUAAUUUUCAUAAGGCCGUGUUGGUAUUAUAAUGUUUGUUAGCCCUCAAAUUACUAACACAAUGUUCCUAUAUGUUUGUAUCAGUAAAUUGCUAGAAUUAGCUUCGGAAUGAAGACACACGCGCAACAUAAUUUAUCUCAAUUCUCCUUGGGAACGCAGAUGUUAUGAAAAAUGGAAAAUUACUCGCAGUUAUUUUUCAUAAUAUGAUAAUUAAAAAAGAGAUUAUCUUCGUUUAAGUGUAAUUGAUCAACAGUUCGAAUUUAAUAAGUAGAUCAGAGAGGGAAAUAUUGUGUGUACUCUGAGAUUUCGCAAACGGCCUUAUAAAAUUACCAAUUUAAUAAAACAUAAUUUAUUAACUUAACUUUGAUGUAUCUUAUUCGAUGUUUGCAAAUAGUGCAUCGUAUUAUAAGCCUUAACGAUAGAGCAUUGAUGUCUAUAUUCGCGUAAUAGAAGCGUUGCAGAGUAUUUGGUAUUCAAUGGAAGAAAAGAUCCCUUUUGUAUUUCUUUUAUAACUCAUUUUAUAAGUUCAAAUGUACUUAAAAACUUUUUGAAUUCGUCUUUUUAACCGAGGCUCUCUUUAUUUGUAAAAACAUAGAAAUUGUCGGUCCGUAGAUCACCAUGUAAUUGUUAUAUCGACCUUACGACGUAGAAAAUGUAAUUUAGCUUCUGGUUUAUCAAUUAAAGUAUAAUUCGUAGCACAG